GCUGUCCUUUAGGGCGUCACUUCCGCAGCGCAGCCAGGUUCUGCGACCAGCGUGGCGGCAGAGGGAGAGGUUGCGGUGCGUGGAUAGCAGGGUGUCAGUGUCUCCGGAUCGGCGUCUCGGGCCUCAGCUCCAGCUUCACCUAUGUGGACCGCAGAUGAGAUUGCGCAGCUGUGCUAUGCACACUACAUCAAACUGCCCAAGCAGGGGAAGCCUGAGCCAAACCGUGAGUGGACUCUGUUGGCGGCUGUGGUGAAAAUACAGACUCCAGCUAACCAAGCAUGUGACACCCCUGAUAAGCAGAUACAAGUGACAAAGGAAGUUGUCUCAAUGGGAACAGGAACAAAAUGCAUAGGCCAGUCCAAGAUGAGAGAGAGCGGAGACAUCCUCAAUGACAGCCAUGCUGAGGUCAUAGCCAGAAGGAGUUUCCAGAGGUACAUCCUCCAUCAGCUCCAUGUGGCGGCCGUCCUAAAGGAAGACAGCAUCUUCCUUCCUGGCACUCAGAGAGGACUGUGGAGGCUCAGACCUGACCUGUCUUUUGUGUUUUUCUCUAGCCACACACCCUGUGGGGACGCCUCCAUCAUUCCAAAGCUUGAGUUUGAAGAACAGCCUUGCUGUCCUGUCAUCAGAAAUUGGGCCAACAACUCACCUGGAGAAGGGAGCGAGACUCUAGAAGGUUCUAGAAAUAAAAGGAGCUGUGAAGGCCCUGACAGUCCUGUAGCCAAGAAGAAAAGGCUUGGAACACCUGCUGGUUCCCUCUCCGAUUGUGUAGCUCACCAUGGGGCACAGGAAAGUGGUCCAGCCAAACCAGAUGCCAGCAGCUCUGGUCUCACCAAGGAGGAACUGGAUGCUGUCAAUGGAACAGCUUCCGGUAGCUUCAAAGUGGUGGACAUAUACAGAACGGGAGCCAAGUGUGUUCCUGGAGAAACUGGAGACUUGAGAAAGCCAGGUGCUGCCUAUCACCAGGUGGGGCUACUUCGUGUGAAGCCUGGCCGGGGAGACAGGACAUGCUCCAUGUCCUGUAGUGACAAGAUGGCGAGGUGGAAUGUCCUUGGAUGCCAGGGCGCACUGCUAAUGCACUUCCUGGAGAAGCCCAUCUACCUGUCAGCCGUGGUCAUCGGGCAGUGCCCAUACAGCCAGGAAGCCAUGAGGAGAGCACUGACGGGCAGGUGUCAGGAAACCUUGGUUUUACCCAGAGGCUUUGAAGUUCAAGAGCUGAAAAUACAGCAGUCGAGUUUGCUCUUUGAACAGAGCCGCUGUGCAGUCCACAGGAAAAGAGGGGACAGUCCAGGCCGACUCGUCCCUUGUGGGGCAGCUAUCAGCUGGAGUGCUGUUCCUCAGCAGCCUUUGGAUGUCACAGCCAAUGGUUUCCCACAGGGAACAACGAAGAAAGAAAUCGGAAGCCCUCGGGCCAGAUCCCGAAUCAGCAAGGUGGAACUCUUUAGAUCAUUCCAGAAGCUGCUGAGCUGCAUUGCAGAAGACGAGCGGCCGGACUCCGUCAGGUCCUUCCUUAGAUCACGGGGUUAUACUGGUUUCCUUAUCCUGAUGACUGACGUAAGGCUUCAGCCACCAACACCGUCCGUCUGUGGAAGAUUCAGCUCUCAAUGUGAAGCUCCCUUAAUCCGAAAUUUCUGAAAUAACUGACUCUCUGGAUGGGCCGGAGAGAGGACUCAGCAAUUGAGAGCACUGGCUGCUCUUGCAGGGGACCCAGAUUCUGUUCCCAGCACCCACAUGGCAGUUCACAACUGUCCAGAAAUCCCCACAGUUAAGGUAAGAAAACCCUAUAUACAGUGACUUCUGAAACAGAAACCACCAGCCUUAUUCAGCAACUGAAAUGUGGCACCUGAAGUGAGAUGCACAAGAUUUCACAAUAAAGCAAGUUUGGUUACAUGUUGAAAUGGCAACUCGUGUAGACCAGGCUGGCCUUGAAUUCAGAUCCUAUGUCUGUCUGCCUGAUGCUGAGAUUAAAGUUUCCCUGCUUUAACUUGUGGAGUAUUACAGAACUACUUGAAGUUUAAACCCUACAUGAGGUUAGCUCGCUACCUGGACAGUGCCGUGUGGAAGGGAGCAGGCUCCUGAGAGCACCUACUGUGUUGAUUUUCAACCUGGGCUGCCUUUGACAUCUCUAGAGAGCUUUAUAAGCAUCUCCACGAUUGAAAUCAGGUAUCUUGUGGUGCGACCCAGCUCCUCCCCCAAUCUGUGGCCUGGCUGUCCUGGAUAUUGAACUGCAAACAGGGUUGGCUUUGAACUCACAUCUAUCUGCUUCUGUCUCCUAAGUGUUGGAAUUAAAGGUGUGCACCACCACCUAGCUAAAAAACAUUAUCUCCAACCUGUACUGUCUCCAAGGGAAUAGACAGGCAGGCCUAUCCCAAUGACCAAACACUCAAUCCUUGUACCUUCAGCAAGCAUCUUCCUCAGAACAGUGCUCCUCAUACACACUAACAAAUGUUCCAUCAAAUGAAGCAGAAGCAGGCAACACUGACCCUGUGCAGGAGAGAGUUUGUAGCAGAGGCAGACAUAUGCUAGUCUAGGACAUGUUCUAUAAACCUCAGGGCAGAUGAACUUUCCUCUCAGAGUCAAGGCCUGAGCACCUGCACUGAGCUGGCUGUCAGGGUGGUCAGGAGACCUAAAGCACAGAGGCAGCUUUAACAUAUCUGCCAGGCAAGCUGCCCAGACCUGACCUGCUGGACUGUUAGAUCAAGUAAGUCAGACAGCAAUUCCGUACUGGGAAGUGUAUGUAGGAGACACUCAAAGCCUUCAGCACAAGGCAUUCUAGUGCCGCAGCAUCUGGAAAGUAAUGCUAUGGAUAUGGGGACACUACCACCUUCUAAACUCCCGAUUCUGAUGAAUUAAGAAAUGGAAAAUGCCAAUGGCAAAUGCAAACCAUGGAGCCAAUCUAAGGUGAGAUGACUUCUCGUCUCAAGUGCUAAGUAAAAUGAAUCCCAGUUAUUCCCUGAAGGCUGCUUCCUGUGCCUCCAUUCAGGUCACAAAGAUCCAGGCAAUGUCAUUUCUCCAGUGGAGGAACUGACCAAUAAAUAGUAAAGUCAAGUCUCAGUAAGAACCAGGUGCGGCAUUCACUGACAUUAGCUUCCUAAUAGCCCUGUGGACUGGGGAAGCUACCCAGGGCUCAUGUGAGCACCUAAUUCCAAUGGAAUUGCCUUCGACUCUCGACUAAAGGCAGGCCGUGGAGGCGUGAGUCAUAAAUAGGCUGGAGUGAUGAUGACCACCUGGCCAGCCAUCUGCCACGCAGCUCAUGUGCUUCCCAGUUUUUCAGCAAGGCAGGACAGUGGGGGGAGGCAGGGAUCAAUCACCACCAUCACGGUGAACCCUGAAAGGCGCUGGUUGUGAAGUGAAAGUUGAACAGGACCCAAACCAAACUACACUGAGCUGACUACUGCUUCCUGUCAGAUGUUUCUCUGACAAUCUUCUUCCACUUCUAAAACACACCUUUUCUUCUAAAACAACCAUCUGUGUUGUAUGUACAGGUAGGGACAAUCUGUGUGAUCAAUGUGAGUUCCGGAGACCCAACCCAGGCCAUCAAGCUUGGGGCAGCACUUUUAACCGAGGCACCUUCACCAGACCAACAGCAUUUCUGAAGAGUGUUUACCCAGAAAUGACCACAAUUGUUUAGAGAAUGUAUUCUAUAAUACACUCCUGGUUUUAUUUUGUUGUUUUAUUUUUGAGACAGAGUCUCUAUGUAGCUCUGCCAGUCCUGGAAUUCACUAUGUAGACCAGACUGGCCUUGAACUUAGAGCUCUACCUCCCUGUCUCCUGCACUAGGAUUACAGAUGGGUACAACACUCAGCUUCCUGUUUCUACUUUAAACUGCUCUAAACAAAGAACAAAGACUAUUAACAGACCUGGGUUUCCCCUCUACUACCAUGACUGGGAAACUUGUAGACCAAUGUCUGUCUCAGUUCUGUCUGAAUGAAGGCAUAGUUCCUUCUCUGUGUUGAACCAGAUUGUUGAUGUAAGCACUUAGGUAGAGAACUCAACUUUCUAAAGCUACAUAAAACAGGCAGUCGUGGCACAGACUGGUGGUGCAUGCCUUUAAUUCUAGGAGGCAGAGGUAAGCAGAUGUCUGAGUUUGAGGCCAGCCAGGCCUACAUGAUGAGUUCUAAGACAGCCAAGGGGUAUGUAAAGAGUCUCAAAAACAGGAAAGAGAAAA